AUGGCAGCAGGAACAUUUGGGACAUUCCUCAUUAUCGGCCCCGUGUGCUUCUUCCUCGGCAUCCUCUUCGCCUCAUUCCCGUACGACUACAAUGUCAUCUGGACGACCCCAGAAGGCCCUCGCGAUGUCUACUUCAACAUCCUCGAGGACCAUCUCAAGUUCUUGCAUGCGUCGCCGCCCAUCAUAAGUCGCAUCCUACACAUUGUAAUCGGCACCGGUCUUCUCGGCUUCCUGACCAAGCUCUACAAAGCGUCGCAGGCUAACAUGCUGUUCGAUGGCGCGUCGCUUGUGCUUUACAUGGCUGGCAUCACGGUAUACAUUACCAACAUUGUCAAGGGUCUGCGUGUGGUCACUGCGGGCAUCUAUGGCAAUGUGGACGUUAAGGACGAUGAGAAUGCGGAUGACUACAUCAGCAGAGAGGACACGCUGAGGGUGUUUGCGGCGAGUAACACCAUCUUGGCGUUGGUGCUCUGGUAUGCGUUGAGGAAGGAGGAGGCAGAGAUCAAGGAGAUUGAAGAGAAAGAGCAGGAGAGGAAGGCAGCGGGAAAGAAGAAGCAGUAG